GGAGCGAAUGAAUUACAUAUCGAAAACGAGGCUGGUCAUGAAAGAUGGCUGCUGCGGUUCAGCAUCACCCGAGUCUGGACCGAAAUGAAACAAAAAUAACAUUGGAAAUUAAAACUAAAUCUGUUGAGCAGACAUUAAUUCCAUUAGUAACUCAAAUUACAACUCUAGUCAACCAUAAAGAAAGAACGAAGAUCACAGAGCGGACAGCGAGGGCUCUAGCUAAGGUUGGUGAGGCUGUCAGUUUAGCUGUCGACAGGUUUGUUGCUGUCGGAGAAUCUAUCGGAGAUGAACAUCCGGACCUACGCAGUGAGAUGUGUGAAACUUGCCUUGAGGCAAGACAAGCUGGUAAUGCUAUCAAACAGUUGACAAUGCAUAACCAGGUGGUUAAUGAUGGAUCGUUGAAACCUUUCACAGAAAAGAAUCACAUGGUGCGAGCGGCACGGAAAUUACUCUCUGCUAUCACCAAAGUUUUACUUAUUGCUGAUAAAGUAAUUAUCAAACAGCUGAUUACAUCCAAAGAUAAGGUAUUAUCAAGUCUUACAGAGCUAGAGAGUGUUGACAGUUUUACAGACUUUGUGCAGGCGUUCAGCAAGUUUGGUAACAACAUGGUCGAACUUGCCCAUCUGACUGGAGAUAGACAAAAUGAUCUGAAGAGUGAUAAACAGAAAGCACAGAUGGCAUCAGCUAGAGCUGUAUUAGAGAAAUCCACAAUGAUGCUGCUGCCUUCAUGUAAAACAUGCCUCAGACACCCGGAAUGUUACUCAGCUAGGCAGAACCGUCACGGUCUAUUUAUACAGAUGCGUCAAGCUCUAUUCCUCAUUCACAAUGUUGCCACGGAUACAGGCUACCACUCUGUGACCAAUGGCAACACAUCGCCUACAGUAGUCAAUGGUGAUUCUGGAAUAGUGUUAGGAGGGUCGGGUCAAAGUGCAAAUAAAGCAAUAAAAGAUUUUGAGGAUCAAGUGGAGAUGGUGAGAGUCACUCAUAUAAACAAUUACUUUGCUGAUAAACUACGCAGUGCCUUGGAUGUUGUCAUAGAAACCACUCAAGAUUUUACUGACUCCGCCUACACGUCACAUGACCAUCGCGAGAAGAUAAUGGAAAUUGUAGAACAACUACAGCAGGCUGUACAUGUUCUUAUAAAGACAGGAGUUUUACAGAUGCAUAAAGAUUCAAUAGCAACACAGGAACUAGAAACAUCGAUCCUAAAAACACUAGAAGUAUCCAAAUCACUGAAGAAACAAUUACAAGAGACAGCAAUGGAGCAAGCAUCCGAAUUGUUUAAAUGUAAUGAAGAUCAUAUGCUGCUGAGAAGUUUACAAACGGCUGGGAUAUCUGGUGAAGUGGGAUCUGUGGACGAGUUGUCCGUCAAAUUUGAGGAGCAUAUAGAACAGUUAGAGGAGGUGUGUAAAUUGUUCCGACAUAUAGCCACUACGGAACCUCUAGUCAUUACAGCCGAGCAUAAUGAGAUUAUCCUGAGAUCAAUGGGACCUUUAAUUCUACAUGCUGCAAGGACUCUAGCCCAGUAUCCAGGUAGCAAAAUAGCCAAGGAAAACCUAGAUCUGUUUGCGGACGCCUGGGAGUCUCAGAUUAACGACCUGUCUAUUCUUGUGAAGGAAGUGAAUGACUUUUGCCAGGGCAAGACUGACAGACUUGUGUACAUGUCAUUACCUAGGCCUGGGGCGUCACAACCUGUUGCAAAUAAACAUGGAAGUACGUCCAAAAUAUUGCGACCAGGAAAACUUGAUGCAGAGGAGCAAGCUAAGAUAGCGAAGCUUGGUUUAGAAAUGAAGCUGAUAACGUCGGAGAUGGACGCGGAAACUGACAAGUGGGAAGAGCCUGAUAAUGAUAUUGUUAAAAGAGCCAAAAAUAUGUCCAGUAUGGCAUUUUCCAUGUACUUGUUUACACGAGGUGAAGGGCCUUUAAAGACCACACAAGACUUGUUUGUACAAGCUGAAUAUUUUGCUGAAGAAGGCAAGAAGUUAUAUAGAACAGUUAGGGAUUUUUCAAAUAAGGUACCCAUGUGUCCGCAAAAGGAUGAUCUGUUGUUACAUGGUGAUAGGAUACCAACGUGCUGUCAAAAUCUUCUGUCCACCCUGAAAGCCUCAACAUAUGGUAAAUCUGCUACAUUUAACAAGGUUGAUGGAGCAAUCCAGGAGACCAAAAAUCUGAUGAAUGCAAUAGCCAAAGUUGUUACAGUGUGUUUUGUUUGUGCUACCAAGUUUAACAUAGAUUACAGAAGAUCACCUGGUGGAACAUUAUCCUGGAGAGGUCAGAGGUCGUUUGAAAGUCAUCCAAGAUCAUCUUAUGAUAGUGAAAGGUCAAAAUCUCUUGAAGGUCAUUAUAGGUCAUCAUAUGACAAUGAGAGGUCAAGGUCACUUGAGGGUCAAAGGUCAUUGUAUGAUGGUGAAAGGUCAAAAUUUUAUGAUGGACAAAGAUAUUCAUAUGACCAUGAUAGGUCAAGGACAAAUGAUAGUCAGAGAUCUUAUGAAGGUCAAAGGUCAUUUGACGGUCAAAGGUCAUAUGACAGCAGAGGUCACGGGAGUGAUUCGGAGUCAAUGUACAGUUCACAGUCAGAUUAUAUGAGCUCUUCUUCAAACAGGAUGUUUAGUAGUGGAAGUUACGAUGCCUAAUAUUUAAUGUAUAAAUGUGCUGAAUUUUAAUUGUGCAAUUUUUUUCUUUUUUUUAUUAUGUGAAACAGCUGCAUUUUUAUUGUGAAACAAUAUUGUAAUUUAUUAUCUAAUUAGAUCUGCAUUAUUAGGAGAAAAAGUUAGAUGACACAUGCAUAGCGUCAUUUGUGUAGUGUGGAAUGUAAGCUGAAAAAACUUUCAGCAUAAAAUAUUCCUAAAGAUAUGGGUGGCAUACUAAAAUUUGGCUUAAUUUGAUCAAGUAAAGCAAAAAAAAACAAAAAAAAACCCCAAAACAAAGAAACAAAACCACAUUAUUUCAAAGUAAAUGCAGGUUGUGCUUUAAUAAAAUUAAUGUAUUUUUAAACAUUUCAAGAAUAUGUCUGCAGUUUUGCAUUUUUCACUAUGCAAUAUGUAUUUAGCUAGGAAACACCUUUUACAAUAAAAAAUAAUACUUUAUAAUAUAUGAGCCGUGUCACGACAAAACCAACAUAAUGGGU